AUGAAAGGCCUAAAUAAGAAUUCGGUAGAAGUUCCUUUAAAGAAUAAUGAAAAAAAGAAGAGGCCUAAAGGUAAUAAUAAAUAUUACUGGUUCUACAGCGAAUAUUUAAAACACACUGCUAUAAAAAAGUUAUGCUUCAAAUUUGCUUUAAUUCCAGAUCUUGCUUUGCAACAACAGAAACUAAAAGCUUGGCGGCCUGUAUUUUUGCCUAGUACAGUUGUGCCGUGUUUUUACUUUAUAGGUGUCUGCUUUCUCACUUUUGGUGCUGUUUUGCAGGCGUCCAACAGGAAGGUGAAAGAAGUAGAAGUGGACUACACGGAGUGUGGCGCUUUGGAAGCCGCCUCUCAGACUUGUGCUAACAUACUUAUUGCUGACAUAAAAGCGAGUUGUCGGUGCCAAGUUAGCUUUACUUUGCCUGAAAGAUGGAAAGAAAAAGAUAUUUACUUAUACUAUAACCUGAAUAAUUAUUAUCAGAAUCAUAGAAGAUUUACGACCAGCAGAGAUAAUUAUCAGCUUUAUGGCUCUACUUCGGCGGACAAGACCUGUGACCCAUUGGCUACGGUGGGCAACACGUCCAUUGCGCCUUGUGGUCUCAUAGCAAACAGUUUCUUUAAUGAUUCUUUUAUAUUAAAGGAUCCUUCUGGUAAAGUUGUUACGCUGUCAGGAAAAGAUAUCUCUUGGAGCACGGACAAAACUCGCUUUAAAAAUCCACCUCCUCAAUAUAACCUUAAGGAGGCCUUUAAAAACACUACCAGGCCGCCAUAUUGGACAUUUGAAGUUUAUGAAAUGCCAAGCAGCGGUGAUGGAUAUGGCAACGGCUAUGAAAACGAAGAUUUUAUAGUAUGGAUGAGAACUGCUGCAGUGUCAAACUUUAAAAAGUUGUAUAGGCGUGUGCAAGGACCUCUCGAGGCCGGCUCCUACGUUUUGGAAGUAAACUACAGGUACCCUGUCUUAGUCUUUGAUGGAAAGAAAAAAGUUGUACUCGCCACAACCUCAUUCUUUGGAGGAAAAAAUCAGUUUUUGGGUUUAGGAUAUAUAAUAAUGGGAAGCGUUACUGUUUUCUCUGCAAUUUGUUUUUCUCUCGUCCAACUGCUGAACCCAAGAAAGAUCGGGCACUGUAGAAUUUACUAUUAA